AGCCCGGCUCGGAGAGCCUUCAAGGCUUCCGCGUCCUCGAAAGGUCGCGCUGUCGAAACUCUGUGGGCCCGAGGGAAGUGAAGCCUCUUCCGGGACCACCCCUUGGGACACGUCGGCCAAAGGAGGUCGUUAGACACUCUUUCCCAAACCGCCCCCAAGAUCCUACUGGUCCGCGCUGGCUCGGAGCGAGCACGCAGCCCCCCACCCCCAUCCUCCUUUUCCUUUACGGUACCCUUUUUAGGCUACCCGCUCCCCACCCACGUCCACACCAGCGGGCGGGACCAGGGUGUGGGCGGGGCCAGACGGGUGUCGCUCCUCUGGGUUGGAGGACCCCUUUAGAGUCCCGGAACUGCGCAGAGAAUUGGAGACCAAGCAGUAGGAUCAAGGGUCAACCAUGGCAGCGAUGUUUAGGCGAUGCUGCGGGGUCCUAAAAAGUCUUUCUCAUUCUGACUGGAGAUCACAGCAUACAAAAGCUGCCCUACGACGUGAACCAGGAUUGGGAUUUAAUUUUGAGCUCACUGAACAGCAAAAAGAGUUUCAAGCUACUGCUCGUAAAUUUGCCAGGGAAGAAAUAAUCCCAGUUGCUGCAGAGUAUGAUAAAACUGGCGAGUACCCUGUGCCCCUAAUUAAAAAAGCAUGGGAACUUGGUUUAAUGAAUACACACAUUCCAGGGAGUUGUGGAGGUCUUGGACUUGGAAUUUUUGAUGCUUGUUUAAUUACUGAAGAAUUGGCUUAUGGAUGUACAGGGGUUCAGACUUGUAUUGAAGCAAAUUCUUUGGGGCAAAUGCCUGUUAUCAUUGCUGGAAAUGAUCAACAACAAAAGAAGUAUUUGGGGAGGAUGACUGAGGAGCCAAUGAUGUGUGCCUACUGUGUAACAGAACCUGGAGCUGGCUCUGAUGUUGCUGGUAUAAAGACCAAAGCAGAAAAAAAAGGAGAUGAAUAUAUUAUUAAUGGUCAGAAGAUGUGGAUAACCAAUGGAGGAAAAGCUAAUUGGUAUUUCUUAUUGGCUCGUUCUGAUCCGGAUCCUAAGGCUCCUGCUGGUAAAGCCUUUACUGGAUUUAUUGUGGAAGCAGAUACCCCAGGAGUGCAGAUUGGAAGAAAGGAAUUAAAUAUGGGUCAGCGAUGUUCAGAUACAAGAGGAAUUGUCUUUGAAGAUGUGAAAGUGCCUAAAGAAAAUGUUUUAAUUGGUGAGGGAGCUGGUUUUAAAAUUGCAAUGGGAGCUUUUGAUAAAACCAGACCACCAGUAGCAGCUGGUGCUGUGGGACUAGCACAAAGGGCUUUGGAUGAAGCUACCAAGUAUGCCUUGGAGAGGAAAACUUUUGGAAAGCUGCUUGUAGAGCACCAAGGAAUAUCAUUUUUGCUGGCUGAAAUGGCAAUGAAAGUUGAACUAGCAAGAUUGAGUUACCAGAGAGCAGCUUGGGAGGUUGAUUCUGGUCGCCGAAAUACUUACUAUGCCUCUAUAGCAAAGGCAUUUGCUGGAGAUGUUGCAAAUCAGUUAGCUACUGAUGCUGUGCAGAUUUUUGGGGGCAAUGGAUUUAAUACAGAAUAUCCUGUAGAAAAACUAAUGAGGGAUGCCAAGAUCUAUCAGAUUUAUGAAGGUACAGCACAGAUUCAAAGACUUAUUAUAGCCCGCGAACACAUUGGCAAGUAUAAAAAUUAAAGAGAUUGCUAUAAAACAUGAUUAAUUGUUGAGUAAUUAGAACAUAAUCUACUAUUUAAGAUAAAGGGCUUUACGAUAUUUCUGGUAAAAUUUUAAAAUAAUUGCUCUUACACUGAACCCAUACUACUGAUUCUAAUACUAGCUUUCCGCUUUUGUUUAAAUGACUUAUUUUUUCUCAAACAGGUUUGGUUUCACUAAAAUUAUGUGUUAUCCAUAUACCACUGUACUUGAAUUACAUUAACCUAGAAAAGUACAUUUGUUUUGUUAUUCUAACCACUUAAAGUAACAGAAAUUUUUUGGAUUUCAAUAUUUUUCCAAUGACAUUUUUGAAAAGUAGGCUUAUAAAAAUAUUCAGAAUGUUCCAAAAUUUACAUUGAGAAAGAAUUAUAGGAUUUGGAUGCUAUCAAAUAACUUACUGGUGACUUUGUAGACUUCAUGGUAUUCUACUGGAGGAGUUUAUUUUGCUACAAUUUGGAAAGUAUUUGUUUUCAGUUUUGUAUAGUAAUAGUCAAAAAUGUGAUGUUCUUAUUCUCUCAUCAUACAAUGACCAGAAGUUAUUGGAAUCUUGUUUAAAUCUGAGCCUACAUGUCACUUGGCCUUAUUUUAAAAUAAAUCAAUAAAAUUUGCCUUAAAAUAUUUUUAUGAUUCUUGAUAUCUGAGUAGCCUUUGGUCUGUUGUACACAAUCUUAUUUCAUGUGUGUGCAUUAUGAAAAGAAAUAAAAUUGUUCAGUGCUUA